UCAGACUACAUACACUGCUUUGUUUGGCGCGGAGUUUCCUUUUGCUGCAUCUUGCAGUUUCGUACUUGUAUUUGACUGCUAAGGCAAUCUGUCAUCUGAACAUUCAAUCCCUGACGCAGAUGUUUAUUGAUUGAAAAUCAUCAAAAAGGCAGUAAUGACUUUGUACGAAUGAAAGGAACAUAUGUUUAACAUGUUUAUAAUACAACACAGAGUUGAUCGGUAACAGUUGGGCAAUUAUUAUAUUGAUUUCUAUGUCUACAUUACAUCCAACUGUAAAAAAAAUACCACAAAUCUGCUCACCUUAGCAUUCCAAUAAAGUUUGAGAUUUUUUUAAUGAACAAAAUGAUUUCAGUUAGAAAGUGCUUAUUUCGACUGUGUAUUUUAUAUAUCGGAGUAUUAACAUUGCUAUUUAUAUUUAUGAGUCAUAUAUAUAUAACAGAAUUAAUGACAGACGUUUUAAAGCAAGAAAUUUUGAUGAACGAUUCUAAACCAGAAAUAGCUAUUGAUUUUACUGUAAAUGAUGUUCUUGAUCACAUAAUACAUGAACGUCAUGGACAUUUUGUUAGUAGUAAAUGUAUUGACAAAUUAAAUAUCACUAGGAAUCCCGCAAAGCGCAACUUUAGCACAGAACCAUUGAAGGUCAUUGUCGUUCCACAUUCACAUAAUGAUCCCGGGUAUAAGAAAACUUUCUCUGAAUACUUCACCAGGAGAACGAGUAAAAUCUUGUCAUUAGUCGUUGAAAAACUGUAUAAAUACCAUGACAUGACUUUCGUUUGGCCGGAAAUUUGCUUCAUUGAAAAGUGGUGGAAUAAUCAGAAUAAGACGAUAAGGAACAAAUUUAAAUAUUUAGUGAAGUCAGGUCGGCUGGAACUGACUUCCGGCGCAUGGGUUAUUCCGGAUGAAGCUACGCCGCACUAUUUUGCGUACUUGGAUCAGAUGAUAGAAGGUCACGUCUGGGUUAAACGACAUUUUGGCGUUAAGCCCGUUGCAACGUUUGAUAUGGACCAGUUUAGUUUAUCUUCUUCGGUCCGAUUUUUGAUGAAGGAAGCUGGCAUAAAAUUUGCGGUCGUGAAAAGAAUACACCUAGGUAUGAAGGACUAUUUUAUGAAACACCACUUGAUGAAUUUCUACUGGAAAACCCCUUCGGAUCAAACGUUAUUUGUACAGAUUGAACCAUACGAGUGGCUAAGUUUCCCCGACAGUUGCGGUCCAUCUCGAGAUAUAUGUUCAGACCUCGAUCUGGGUCAUGAUAUUGAACUUCCGGGUCCGGGUUCACUGGAAAUGGAUAAACCAAUACGACUGUUCCAUCACCGUUACAGCAAUCUGUCUACAUUUGCAGACAGAGUUGUAGAGCAGCUGAAACUUAAAAGUUCUGGAUACUUGCAUAAUGUAUUACUGUUGCCACAUGGUGAUGACUUUAGGUAUAACACAGCAGAUGAGUGGGACUGGCAGUACAAAAACACGAAAGCUUUAAUGCAAUUCAUCAAUUCAAAUAAAAGAUACAACGUACGAAUGGAAUUUGGUACUCUUAAGGACUACUUUGCGGAAGUAAAAACGAGGUCGGAGAUAUAUCGGUUACAAUAUCCUAUUAUAAGUGGAGAUUUUGUACCGUUUACACAGGGUCUUUACUAUUGGAGUGGCUUUUUCACAACGAGGCAAUAUUUAAAAAGACUCGGCCGCAAACUUCAGGAAUCCGUUCGAGCUGCAGACAUUCUUGCUGCACUACUUGUUUUGAGCGGUAAAGUUCCUGAAAUGUCUCUGAAAAAGGCCCCUUUAGUUUUACGUAAACUAGUCGACGCUAGAAGAGAGCUAGAUCUGUUUCAGCACCAUGACGCCAUAACGGGCACUUCAUCUGAACGCGUCGUGAAGGACUACGAAAAAAGACUAUUAUCUGCUUUGUUUACGUCACAGCAGGUCAUGGCAUCUCUUGUUGAGCUCAUUAUCUACGGAAGCCGCACUGAUACAGAAACGGAGAAUGGUGAUGCUGCCAAUGAAAACUAUAUUGAAAGAGACAUCCUUCAGAGCCCGCGUGGCAAAUCGGUUGUACCUACUUCCAUUGAAAACAUGAUUAAAAAAGAGUCAGAUGUUGGCCGUUCUCAGAAUAUAGAAAAAGAUACAAACUUAAUUUUGUACAAUGAUUUUACUCAAGAAAGGUCGGAAAUUGUAGCAUUUUCAGUAUCUAGUCCAUAUAUAGUAAUAACUGGUCCGACGGGAGCAAAUUUCAGCUUUGAUUUUUUUCGGCAAGGAGAACGGUCAAAAAUAUAUUUCGAAACCAGGUUACCACCACUAAGUAUUUCUUCUUUCAAAAUUUCUAAAUCACAUCAUUCUGUGUCUGGAAAAGCAAUCGAUGUCAGCAAUUAUGAUACGCGUGACACGAGCGACACAGGAAAUUUAAAAUGUGAAAAUAGUGAAGUGAAUAUUACGUUUUCUUCAUAUGAUGGGUCACCGCAAAUAAUAUGUUACAAAAGUGAAAAUUUCUGCACAAAGUUGAAAAUCUAUUGGCGUCAUUUCAUACAGACCGGAGGAGCAUAUACUCUGUCAUUAAGCAGCGAAAGCAAAAAUCUGUUAACAUCUCGUUUAAACAUACGUAAACUAUCAGGCAGUAAGCAAUGUGUUGUCGAAGUAUCUCAUAAAUUGAUAAAGGUUGAAUACAUGUUGAAAAAUACAACCGGUGUCAAUGGACGUUAUCUUCAAGUGAAUGUUCACACCGACCUUUCACCUGCUAACUCCGGGAACUUUGUCGGGGAACUUGCCAUGAGGGUUGUUACUCAAGUAAGGAACGGCGACACUUUUUACACAGAUUCAAACAGUUUACAACUUCUUAAACGGAAAUUUAGGAAGUCUUUACCAUUCUCUGCUAACGUAUAUCCCAUUUCAUCUAUGGCCGCCAUUAAAGACGAUUCUCAAAUCUUUAAUAUACACUCAGUUCAACCGCACGGUGUGGUUGGUUGGGAACCAGGUACUUUAGAUGUUAUGAUAGACAGAGUUGCUCUUCGAACGGAAAUGGGACUCAAUCAAAAAGUAACGGAUAACAAACCUACAUUGACAAACCUUUUCCUUCAUUUUGAGCAAAGUGAAAAUAUUAAACCGGACAGCAAAUCAGACGUCAUGAUACCAUCACGUGAUAGCAUGUUAACAAAUGAUCUAGUUCAGCAUCCUAUUGAAAGCUUUUAUUCCAGAGAGAAAGACCCUUUGCAAAAGACUGCCAUCAGCUUUGUACAAAAGAACAUACCUUGUGAAAUGGUUAUAGCCAACAUGAAAUUUUUGACUGACGAUAAAUAUGAACUUGAUGGCGUUUCUUUAACUUUAUUUCGUCGGUCAACAUCAGGUUGUAACACAGUAGCAACGCACUGUGGUGUACAAUCGAAAUAUGCCUUGCUUAGUCCAGACAACUUAUUUGAGAAAAGUUCAAGAAAAAAUUGGACGGUCAAAGAAAUGUACUUAACACAUCUGAAAUUAAAGAGAACGCUUUCUGUAAACGAAAACGUUUCAUUUGAAGAAAUGGAUAUGAAGACAUUCCUAUUUACAUAAAUUAUUGAUGUACACAGUUUUCCAUGUGAAGUUAUAAUACUAUCUCUUUCUUCCUUUACUGUCUAACUUCUUACCGGGACGUAAGUCAUUUCCGUGCACGUCAAGCCACAAAGAUUGUUAAUUGAAAUAAAAUGAACUCGGGCCAAAUAAAAGGGAAAGGAAAAUACGUUACUGAUUAAAUUAAGAUGACAUUGGUAAAAAUUGAAAUCUGGCCAGAUGAUGGUGGAAAUGGGCUACUUUGAUUAGAAUUUGAUAGAAAAUGACAAAUUUAUUGCAAUUUCGUUGAAAAUGAGGAUAAAACCCAAAAAUAUCACAUUUUCACUGUUUUGAGUGUAUUUUUUUUCAAAAACUGUAUAUUUAUAGCCUACUGAUUGCUAUUUUCUGGCCAUCAGAGGUAUAAGUGAACAUAUUUAACAGUUUAAAUGUGUAAUUUGCAUGCAGAUCAGAGCAGAAAAUGUCAGAACAGGGCAAAACAAGGCUGCAUUUAGGGUAACUGCUUCAAAAUUAUGUCGCGACAGCUAUUUUUGACAAAAUCUGACGCUUUGUCUUAUGGUACUGAAAAUGCCAUAAAAACUUGGAAACUGUUGAUAUCAAGCUAAAACCUUGUAUUUUUUCAUGCAUUUGGGUUAUAGGUUAUAACACACUAAAUAAUUGUUGUUCUUUAUUCUAUAUAAAAUUGACCUAAUUCCAAUGACCGCAGCACACAUCAGGACCCAUUUUAAAUGUCUGUAACCUACAUUUUCUUGAAGAAUAUUGUCAGUACUAACUAAAAAUCAAAAGAAAAGUGGGGGUCAUGUUUUAUGCAAGAAAAAUAAUUUCAGUCAAACACACAAACUGCAAAAUCAGCUAAAAAAUGAGACCCCAAAUUAUACUGGUGGU